CAUAAGCUUUGGGAAGGCUGUUCUGGUGUAUCAAAAGGCCGCCAUUCCACUGCAGCACAUCGUGAUGAAACUUGCUGGUGUCUCCGGAAGCCUUUUGACGAACGGUCGCUCUCCUGCCUCUUUUUAGCUUCAGUGAGGAGGUUUGUCAAAGACAGACAGCUUUGUAAGACGUCUCUUUGAAGCCCCUCUGAUCACUGCACGACCAGACUCCUGAAGAGGGAAACUUCAUCAUGGCUGCGGCGGUUCGGGAUCUUAUUGUCUCUCUCUCUCUCUCGCCGCAGUGCAGCAGCAGAGAGGUCGGACGGCUCAUCGGUAUCACCAUGCAGGAGGCAACAGAGCAGCUCGCGGCCGCUCGCGGCAUCUUAGAAGACUUGUACGCCCAGCUGGACUGGGCGCUCAAUCUAUGGAGCCGAACGACUGCCAACGGCGACGAACAAGGGCUGCCGCCGCAACCUCAGCAUGACCACCUCAUACCGUCACAACCAGUUAUUGAGGAGCCGCCAUCCCAUGUGCCGAGACGCAACAGCCCGCCUGCUGAUAUCAAGGAUCCCAAAGUAGCGUCACAGAUGCGCCACACGAAGCAGUGGGAAGAAUGGACCCAGGCACCAACCAUUCAUGACCCAUCUAUCCUGGACCUGUCCCGGCCAACGCGCUGGUGGAUGCAAGAACAGACCCAAUACGGCCUGUGCCAACCGGGCGAGCAAGAUCAGCUUGAGCAUUCCGCGCGAGCUGCCCAAUUCAACCGAAUACACGUCCCAGUGCCUGCAAGCACCUCAAUACCGUCUCGGUCGUUUACCAGGGAGAAGAACCUCCAUCCAGGAAAUCUGUGAACCGGCUUUCCCGUCGUCCGAUCCCUGGAGAAGACAUACUGUCUCCCCGAACAGUGCCCCGAGUCUAAUCAAGCACGGCCAAUCUGGCUCUAGGUACUCGCUCGGCACCAGCAGCGCCUGGGACUCAAGCGGCUCGCAUGCUGGACU